UCUGUCCGUCUACUGAUGCACACGUGGGCACCCCACCUUUUGGCUGCUGUCUUUGCCUUGAUUGUGUUCUCGUGCAUUUUCGGCGAGGGCUACACCAACACCCACAACCCCCCUCAGAGAUACUGCGUGUUCAACCACAACGAAGAUGCGUGUAGCUAUGGCAGCGCCAUCGGGGUGCUGGCCUUCCUGGCCUCGGCCGCCUUCCUCGUGGUCGACGCCUAUUUCCCCCAGAUCAGCAACGCCACUGACCGCAAAUACCUGGUCGUUGGUGACCUGCUCUUCUCAGCUUUCUGGACCUUCCUGUGGUUCGUUGGCUUCUGCUUCCUCACCAACCAGUGGGCGGCCACCAAGGCGGAAGACGUGCUAGUGGGGGCCGACUCCGCGAGAGCAGCAAUCACCUUCAGCUUCUUCUCCGUCUUCUCCUGGGGUGUGCUGGCCUCCCUGGCCUACCAGCGCUACAAGGCUGGAGUGGACGACUUCACCCAGAACUACGUGGACCCCACUCCAGACCCCAGCCACGCCUAUGCCGCCUACCCCGGCGCGUCCGUGGAGAACUACCAGCAACCGCCCUUCACCCAGAACGCCGAGACCACCGAGGGCUACCAGCCGCCCCCCGUGUACUGAGCCGCAGCCGGGGGCACUCGGGGUGUGCUCGGGGGGCGUCUGUGCCACACUGGACUCCCCUCGGGAGCCUCGCCUCCUGCAGCUGC